AUGCAUGAUUCAGUGCAUUCUUUUUGUGUGAGGGAAGCUAAAAAGGAAAACCUUCUGCAUGUUAUCUAUCAGGAGAAUGAGUCCAGUUCCCUCCUAAAUACUUCCGAUGAUUUGGUUGAUUGCAUUAAUAACCUUGCCUAUGCACACCAGCUCCAGACUCUGCAUCUUCUUGGUACAUAUGUUGGGUUUCCGUCUGAGAUUACAAAUAUUAACCGCCUUGUUUGCUUGAAAAACCUUAUGAGCUUGAGGUUUGAGCACUUGUUAUUUGAGUGGAAGGCAAUUAAUAUUCUUAGUGAAUUGCCUAAACUUAAGGUGCUAAGGCUAAACUCUUGUCUUUAUUGCAUUGGUGAGGAGUGGGAACUGUUGGAGAAGGAGAAUUUCGACCAGCUAAUUUAUUUGGAAAUUUCUCUCACUUAUCUAAAACAUUGGGAAGCAAGUGCCUGUCAUUUCCCAAAUCUUCGACACCUAGUCCUUCAAGGGUGUCUUGAAUUGGUAGAGAUCCCAGCUGACUUUGCAGAUAUUGCGGAGUUGAAGUCAAUCAAAUUGGAUUGUUGUCUUCCUUCUGCGGUGGAUUCUGCCAAAGAAAUUCAAAAAGAGCAACAUGGGUAUGGAAAUGAUAAUAUGGUUGUCAUUGAAGAAAAUACUAUAGUGGACGGUUACCAUCUGAGUUACUCUUAUAGGGGAACUGAGAUACAUUUGAAAAGCAAAAGAAAGCAACUUUUCAACGUGCCAUACUCAUACUCAUGCUUCACAAAGAUGAGAUACUCUUCAAAAAGAUACUAAGGCAGACUUUAGGUU